AUGCCUAGCACACUUCAAGAGCGAGGAAAGCAGCAGGAAGAGUGCUGCUGCUUCUGCAGAAGGCCCAGUGCUGGUCUUGCUGGUCUUGCUGGGCUCGCUGACACGCCGCUUCCUCAUGGCCUCCUCAGUCAGGUCACAGCUGGUCAGCACACCUCACACUGCUCCCAGUCUCUGAACCUCUGCUUCUUCUUGGCUCAUAGCUGUCAGCAUUUCAGCUCUAGUCCUAGGUUUUUCAUCUCCAUGAUCCUCUACUUCUACCCACCCACUCGACCCAACAAGCAAGAAAGGGGGUCCCGGCCAACAUGGAUGCUAGCCAAGUCUCCAACCCUCCACCCCACCCCAGGAAAAACACAAGAUCUAGAGUGUGGUCGAAGCCGCCCUGGACCCCGUGUUGUAGGUGGCUCUGAUGCCAUGCCAGGAGACUGGCCGUGGCAGGUGAGUCUGCACAAAUAUGACAUGCACAUCUGCGGUGGCUCUCUCAUUACUGAAUCCUGGGUGAUCUCUGCUGCCCACUGCGUGGUAGAGAAUGACACUCUGAGUUCACCAGAGGAAUUUAUGGUGGUCUUGGGCUUGUAUUCUCUGGAUCUGAUACUGUACCACGGGCAAUACAGGAACGUAACAGAAAUUCUGAUUCCGAGUAAUUACACCAUGCCACACCUAGGGAGUGACAUUGCCCUGUUACGUCUGUCUGAACCUGCCAACCUCACAGAGUCCGUGCAGACCAUCUGCCUGCCCCAGGCCAAUCACCACUUCCCCCACGGAGCCUCCUGCUGGUCAACAGGCUGGGGAGACAUACAGGAAAAGGAAUGGCUGCCCUCCCCACAGCUGCUGCAGGAAGUGGAACUAAAGAUUAUUGGAGAGUCAGCCUGUCAGUGUCUCUUAAACUCCAACGGCCCCUACAAUGAAACAGUGCAGCUGCUCCCAGGGAUGAUGUGUGCUGGCUUUAAGGAAGGCAAGAAGGACACAUGCCAGGGAGACUCUGGAGGUCCACUGGUCUGUGAGGAGGCAGGCCAAUGGUUCCUGGCUGGAAUCACCAGCUUUGGCCAUGGCUGUGCAAGGAGGAACCGGCCAGGCAUCUUCACAGCUGUGGCAGCUUAUGAAGACUGGAUCCAGGAGCGAGUGCCUGGCGCUUCCUUCCCAGAGCAACCCAAGCCUGUAGCACCAGAUAUGCCAGAGGAGCCCCCUAACAACUGCACCCUUGCCUUGCCACAAUGUGGGAGUGCCCCCCGACCUGGUUAUUGGCCCUGGAAGGCUGUUAUAGUUACCCCAAGAUCCAAUCCCUGCCAUGGGGUGAUGGUAUCAGAGAACUGGGUCCUAGCACCAGCCAGCUGCUUUCUGGGCCGCCAGGACCUAGACAUUAGCGACUGGGAAGUGAUCCUCCCCAACUCAAAAAGUGUACCUGUUAUCCAAGUCACGUUAAAUCGAAACCACACACUGCAUUAUGGGUAUGACCUGGCCCUUUUGGAGCUUAAAGUGUCUGUAAAUUUGACAGAAGAGACAAGACCUGUGUGCUUGCCCCAGUCAUAUCACUACUUUGUGCCUGGAGGCCAUUGCCAUCUGGCCCAGUGGGGUCCUGGAGAGCCGCUGUCGGUCAAUUCCUUGUUGGAGGCUGAAAUGAUGACAGCUUGGUGGUGUUAUUGUCUCCAUGGCGAGGAGUUGGAGGAAGUGCCUAUUCCUGGGAUGAACCCUAGAAUCCUGUGUGCUGACUACCAGGAGGAGGAGAUGAGCAGCUGUUGGUUUGGGAGCCGUUGGAGCCUCCUAUGCCAGGAAUCUGGGACCUGGUUUCUGGCAGGUGUUUCUGCGCCCACGGAGAGCUGUCUUCGGCCUCGGGUCUUCUCCCCAGUGCAACUUCAUGGAAGCUGGAUCAGACAUGUCGCCCUUACGGCCUACCUAGAGGAUCAACUGGCCUGGAACUGGGGAAAUGUAGUAGAUGAAAGGAUCUGUCCCCCCAAAGCCAAUUAUGGAGCUUGUGGCCUUCGACCAGCAAUAUGGGAAAAGAGUAAUCCAUGGCCCUGGAUGGCAGAGGUGCAAGGGACCAGGGGUGGAGUUUGCAUAGGCAGCCUGGUGAGCCCUGGUUGGGUCUUGGCAGCUACUCAUUGUGUCACCAGGCAGGCCUCCACAGCAUCUGGUCUUCAGGUUUACCUGGGUACAACAGGGUCCAGACCCCUUGCCCAGGGCCGCCAGGUGUCAAGGUCAGUCAUCAGCAUUCGCUCGCCCAACAGUAUGGGAUCCAACCAUUCCAACACAUCUCUAGUCCUCUUGAAGCUAGAGACCAAGGUGGAGUCCUCCCCCUCUGCCCUGCCUGUCUGCCUCCAUUCUGGACCUGCCCCAACAGAGACAAGCUGCUGGGUGCUGGGCUGGAAAGACAUCUCAAACAGAGUGCCCUUGGCUGUUCCAGUCAGCAUCUUGUCACCUGAACGAUGCUACUGCCUUUGUAAAAAGAAUGUACUGCCCUAUGGAACCAUCUGCGUCCAGUAUUCCAAGGAAACAGAGGGCAGACCUGAGAUGGACUCAGGAUCAUCUCUCCUGUGCCAAGAAGAAACUGGCAUCUGGGUCCUGGUUGGCCUAUCCCUGAAGGGAAGCCAGCAGCUUUUUGCCCCAGUGGGAACCCAGUACUCCUGGAUCUCCCAGAUUGUGGAGGAGGCAUCCUUUCUGACACAGUUCAGGUUCAGUCCAGUCUUGGAGGAGACCAGUGGCCUUUGCCCUCCAGACCUGAGCAGCUCAGCAACACUUCCAGGAGCUGCCCUUCUACUGUUCUUACCUCUGUUUCUACUACUCUGACUCUGAGGGCAAGGGGAGAAGAUGCAAAUGUCCCUGUUUCUCUUCCCCUUCCGUCUGUCUCUGCUGGAAUGUGCCCAGACAGGUUCUUGGGAACCUCGAAAGCUUCCCCACACACACACACACACAUCUCCAAGGAGGGUGACUUAACUGAGAUGAUGACGGAACUGUUCAACCCUGGGUGUCUAAUUGGACUUGCGUUCCAACCACUGCUAUUUUGAGCCAAAGAAUUCUGGGGGUGGAAUGAAUACCUGGGUAAUAAACAC